CGGAAGUGGAGAGGAAGCUGAUCAGGCAUCACCCCAAGAUGCCUUCCCUUCCCCAGGUUUGGGUGCUGGCUUUCGUGUCACUGCAAGGGACUCUUUCUGUGGUUCUAAUUGAACAUCUAAGCUUGGAGGAAGGACAGAAUCUGGAUCUCCACUGUGUUAACAAUAAAGGCAACAGCUCAGCUCUGGAAUGGAAGGAUCCCCUUGGUUUUGUGAUAUUUUUCAAUACCUGGCAAGGCGUAAGAGAUGGAAGGUAUGGACUUCUGCGUUACUCAAAGGAUGUAUUAUCCAUUCGUCUUUCCAACGUAACAAUACAUGAUGAAGGGCUGUACACAUGCCUGUACUACAGCAAGACUGUUGGAGGCAAACUAGUGAACGUUACAGUUUUUGCCCCUCCUUCCAAACCUUUGUUGGAAGCUUUGAGGACUACAGUAGACCACACAGAAGAAAAUACUGUCUUAAGGUGUUCCACUGAGGGCUGCUGGCCUGCCCCUCAGAUUACCUGGCUGCUACAGAAUGGGAUGGAAAUCUUUGGGGACACCCAACACCAAAUGGAAGCCAAGAAGUUCCAUUCAGUCAGCAACUUGACCAUCUACGCGUUCCCCCAGGGGUCUGUCAUUUCUUGUGUGAUACACCACAAAGCCCUAGGAAGAAGAAAUUUAACUGCAACCUUGCACCUGGAACAUGCCAAUUCAGAUGAAAUAUUCAAUACAACAAAAGGGAGUUUUAAUACCCCGACAGCCAGCCUGACUCCAGAGGUAGCAACUCUGCAGACUAAUUCCACCAACGAACAAAAACAAAAUAUAACAGAAGAAACCUUUAGCAUUCCAACACUGUCCCCAACCAGGGAAGCAGCAACUCAGAGUUCUGAUGCCACCAAGGAAUCCGGUACAAUAUUCAAUGUAACAGAAGGAAACUCAACCACACAAACCCCAUUCCCAAGUACGGAUACAGAAGUUUGGGCAAUAAAUCAAACAAACGUGACCUACAAAGGCUUUGUGGAGAGACAAACCCACGCUUUGUUCCCAGGCCUUGUGUCUAUACUCCUUCUAGUCCUCUUUAUCAUGAUCCUUCUGCUUGCUGUGAAGCUCUGGAAAGCACAUAGGGACUGGAAAAAAGAAAAUGAUGCUUCUGAUCAAACCAUUGAGAGUUACAGGCCCAAGGCCAACGAAGCCCCUUGCAGACCGCAGAUUAAAUGUGAAAUCCCUUGGAGGAACAGUAAGAAGUAUAUAAUUCAAGAAUCAUAUACCAAGACGCCAAAAUCUUCAGAUGAAAGUCAAGAUUCCUCAGUCUUUGAAAAAGAAUUUUUUCACAUUAAAGAAACUGAUAUAUAACACUAUGGACAAUACUGUGCUAUAUUUAAUGGCAAGAACAAUCUUCUCUUUCAUUUUUUUUUUCCUGUGCUGCACCAUUCUGCAAACAUCUCUUCAAAACACCCAGACUUUUGAGAGGAUUUCAGAUGAGACCUCGAUGCAUCUCAGAACGAUAAUAUUGUAAAUAAAGGGACAA